AUGAGCGCCAUCUCUGCCGGUGCAACCGCCAAUGCGGCACCGCAAGGCAUUCCUGGUGCAGUCAGCCAAGUUACGCCUCCUACUCCCGCUCCGCAGCUUGCCUCACAACAGCAAGACAACAGCUCGCGCCUCGAAUCCCAUUUGGACUCGGGCGCCAAAGAUGCUCAGCAGGCAAUCCUCAGCGAUCCACAGCCUGCUCACGCCCUCGAUGAUGACCAACCCGACGACCAAGACGAUGCUAGCAUUCACGACCAUCAACAACAACCACAGCACUCGCCGCCUUCCGAGGCGCAGCAAGCACAAUCGCAACCGGACCACGUUCAGAUCGCCAUGCAGCCCACUCCCAGACCGCCGCAUCGCUCCACCUCCAACGGCACAUCUCAAAAGCCUGACAACGGUAGCACCACCUCCUCGCAGUCCAGUUCCGAGGCUAGAGAGAGCGACGAAUCGUCCUCCAAAACAAAGCGCGCAAAACGAAGCAAGAAGAACGCCGACGACGACGCCACCGUCGACCGAGUCGGUUUCAGAGAGCUCUAUCGCUACGCCACCCCUUGGGACCACGUAUUCAACUUCAUCGGCCUCAUCGCUGCAGCUGCUGCUGGCGCCGUACAGCCGCUCAUGACCAUCGUCUUUGGCAGCCUCACCACCGCCUUCCUCGAGUACACCAACGCUCUCCUCUUUGGCGGCGACAUCCCCGCUGCACGUCGCCACCUCGAUCGCGAGAUCACCCACGGCGUUCUCUUCCUCGUCUACAUCGGCAUCGCCAUGCUCGUCGCCACCUACAUCUACAUGGCCGCAUGGGUCUACACCGGUCAGAUCGUCACUCGCCGCAUCCGCGAGAGGUACCUACAAGCCAUCCUCCGUCAAGACAUCGCCUACUUUGACGUCGUCGGUGCUGGUGAGAUCACUACCCGCAUCCAGACCGAUAUCCAGCUCAUUCAAGAGGGCAUCAGCGACAAGAUCCCCAUGUCGGUCAUGUUCAUCAGCGCCUUUGUCACCGGCUUCAUCGUCGCCUACGUCAAGUCCUGGGAGCUCGCCCUCGCAUUGAGCUCCAUGAUCCCGUGCAUCAUCAUCGCCGGUGCCCUCAUGAACGCCGUCACCGCCAAGCUUCAGCAGGCAGAACUCGACCGCGUUUCCAAGGCUGCUUCGAUCGCCGAAGAGGCUCUCGCCACUCUCCGCACUGCAAAGGCGUUCGGCAUCGAAGACAACCUCGUCGAUCUAUACGACGAGAGCAACCGCCAAGCGACCCGUUUCGGCAUCAAGCGCUCCCUCUUCCAAGGCAUCGGCAUGGGCGUCUUCUUCUUCGUCAUCUAUAGUGGAUACGCCCUCGCCUUCUACUUUGGAGCAAAGCUGCUCGCCAGCGGUCGCAUCGCUUCCGGUACCGUCAUGAACGUCAUCCUCUCCAUCCUCAUCGGCGCCUUCUCCAUGGCCAUGAUGGCACCCAACAUGCAGGCUCUUUCGUACGCCUUCGCUGCCGGUGCCAAAGUCUUUGAGACCAUCGACCGCGUUCCUCCUAUCGACAGCUCUGACCCCUCCGGAUUGCGACCUGACAAGUGCGAAGGUCAUCUCGAAUUCAAGGAUAUCGGCUUCAGCUAUCCAGCAAGACCCGAUGUGCCCGUCCUCGAUUCUUUCUCGCUGCAGGUCCCCGCCGGCAAAGUCACCGCUCUCGUCGGAGCAUCCGGUUCCGGAAAGAGUACCAUUGUGUCGCUCGUUGAACGCUUCUACGAUCCCGACGAAGGUGCCGCUUUCCUCGAUGGUGUCGAUCUACGCGAUCUCAACCUCAAAUGGCUUCGAACGCAGAUCGGUCUCGUUAGUCAGGAACCCACCUUGUUUUCGACCACCAUCCGCGCCAACAUUGCUCACGGUCUCAUCAACACGCCUUACCAGCACGUGUCCGACGAAGAGCAGGAGAAGCUCAUCACAGAUGCUGCCAAGAUGGCCAAUGCGCACGGCUUCAUCUCGCAGCUGCCCAACGGCUACGACACCAUGGUGGGCGAGCGGGGUUUCUUGCUCUCGGGUGGUCAGAAGCAGCGCAUCGCCAUCGCUCGUGCCGUGGUCAAGAACCCGAGCAUCCUCUUGCUCGACGAAGCUACUUCGGCGCUCGACACGCAAUCUGAGGCCGUCGUGCAGGAUGCGCUCGAGCAAGCGAGUCAGAACAGGACCACCAUCACCAUCGCCCACCGCCUAUCCACCAUCAAGAACGCCGACAAGAUUGUCGUCAUGGGUAAAGGCGUCAUCCUCGAGACGGGCAAGCACGACGAGCUGCUCGAGCUCAAUGGUGCCUACGCUCAGCUCGUCGACGCGCAAAAGAUCCGCGCCAAGGUCGGCAGCAAAGUCGUCGAUGAUGAGGAGGAUCUUGCGGCAUCAGACAAGUUCGUGGCGUCCAACGCCAAGGUUCCGGUUGCCACUACGGAUUCGGAGAAAGCUGCGGUGCGACAGGAAGCCAAAGCCGAGAUGCCUGCCGGGCUCGAAAAGAGUGGCACGCGUCAGAGUGUCGCCAGCGCCAUCCUGCAGCAGCGCGAGCGAGAGCAAGCCGCCAAAGACAAGGAGAACGAAAAGAUCCCCAGCAUCUUCUACCUGCUCUAUCGACUGGCCAAGAUCAACGGCGAUCACGUCUUGUCGCUCUACCUUCCAGGUGUGAUUGCGUCCAUCUGUUCCGGUGCUGCCUAUCCGUGCUUCUCGAUCCUCUUCGGUCAUGCGCUGCAGAACUUUUCGCUCUGCAGUGCGAUCGGUGGUGGACCAUGCCCUGAACCGGCGCGCAGUACCAUGCUUCGCGAUGCCAACCAUUGGGCGCUCUACUUCUUCGUCAUUGCCAUCCUCUGUACUCUCGCCAUCUCGAUCCAGACCUAUACGCUGAUGAAGGCCUCGUCGAUUCUGAUGGAGCGCAUCCGUCGUAUGUCGCUCUUCGCCUACUUGCGAGCGGAUGUCUCUUACCACGAUGAGGACUCUCACUCUUCCGGUUCGCUCAGCAAUUCGCUCGCCGACAACUCGCAGAAGAUCAACGGUCUCGUCGGUGUGACGCUCGGAACGAUCAUUCAGUCCAUCUCGACGCUCGUGACUGGAGCCAUCAUUGCUCUUGCCAACGGGUGGAAGCUGUCGUUGGUGGUGAUCGCGUGUAUUCCGCUGACGCUUUCUGCUGGAUUCGUUCGGUUGCAGUUGGUGGUGCUGAAGGAUGCGAGGAUCAAGAAGGCGUAUGAAGGGUCGGCGGCGAAGGCGUGUGAAGCGGCGGGCGCGAUGCGUGUGGUCGCGUCUCUGACGAGAGAGGAGGACUGCCUCGAGAUCUACAGGAGGGAGCUCGAUGCUCCCAGUCAGAUUUCCAGGAACACGGCGUUCUACGGCAACUUCCUGUACGCUGUAUCGCAAGCGUUGCAGUUUUGGAUCAUCGGUCUUGGAUUCUGGUACGGCUCUCACCUGCUCAUCAAGGGGGAGUAUACGUCGGGUCAGUACUUUACCAUCUUGACAGCGGUGGUGUUUGGAUCGAUUCAGGCGUCCAACGCCUUCAGCUUUGUUCCGGAUAUCUCGAACGCCAAGACCGCGGCGUGGGAUUCGAUCAAGUUGCUCGAUAUGGUUCCGGAAAUCGAUGUGACGAGCGAUGAGGGGGAGGUGUUGGAGAGUGUAGAGGGGCAUGUCAAGUUGGAGGGUGUUCACUUUAGGUAUCCCACGCGACCGGGGGUGAGGGUGUUGAGGGGGUUGGAUAUCGAAGUGAAACCGGGGACGUAUGUCGCGUUGGUGGGUGCGAGUGGGUGUGGUAAGAGUACGACGAUUCAGCUGAUCCAGAGGUUCUACGACACGCUUUCGGGCAAGAUCCUCAUCGACGGGCGGGACAUUUCCACGCUCAACCUGCGCGAGGUACGAAAACACAUGGCGCUCGUCUCGCAGGAACCGACGCUGUACGAUGGGAGUAUCGAGUUCAACAUCCGUCUGGGAGCGUAUGAAGAUGCAUCGAGCGUCAGCAUGGAUGAGCUGCGAUCGGCAGCUGCAUCCGCCAACAUUUUGGCGUUCAUCGAAUCGUUACCGGAUAAGUGGGAUACGCAAGUGGGCGGGAAAGGGACGCAGCUUUCGGGAGGGCAGAAGCAGAGGAUUGCGAUCGCGAGGGCGUUGAUCAGGAACCCACGGAUUCUGCUGCUGGACGAAGCGACCUCUGCGUUGGACAGCGAUAGCGAGAAGGUGGUGCAGGAGGCGCUGGACAAAGCGGCGAGUGGCAGGACGACGAUUGCCAUCGCGCAUAGGUUGAGCACGAUCAGCAGGGCGGAUAUGAUCUACGUGUUGAAGGAUGGCAAGGUGGAGGAGAUGGGUGAGCACGAGGAGCUGUUGAGGCGGAACGGGGUUUACGCGGAUCUGGUGCGGAUGCAGGAGCUGCAGAAGGAGGAGUAA